CGCGCACCUCGACACGACGCCAUCUUUGAACGAAAUAUUUGUUUGAUAAAUAUUAUCCUUAUUUUAAUGUUUUGCUGUGUUUAGGGUAAAAUCCGUCAUUAGCGACAACUGCAAAAUCGGCCAUGAGUGACGUAGAAGAUCGAUCGUUGAAUGGAGACCGAUCAAGAAGCAGAUCUAGGUCAAGAUCUUAUAAAUCCCAAAGCAGAAGUAGAUCUAAGUCACGUACACGCUAUGCCUCAGACAGUAGAUCAAGGUCCAGGAGUCGUUCAAGAUCAGGCAGCACAAGACGUAGAAGAUCUUCCAGACACUCCCGGAGCAGAAGUCGCAGCCAUAGAGGUCGAGAAAGGAGCAGGUCUCCAAUGUCCAGUAGGCGUAGACACCUUGGAAAUCGAGACCGUCCUCAAACCAGCAACUGCGUUGGUGUAUUUGGUCUGAGUCUGACCACACAAGAGAGGGAUUUAAAAGAUGUUUUCUCUAAGUAUGGUGACAUUGAAAACUUACAGAUUGUCUAUGAUCACAAGACUGGCAGAUCACGUGGGUUUGCAUUUAUUUACUAUCGCAAAGAAGAAGAUGCCAUUGAGGCCAAAGAACGUGCACCAGGGAUGGACAUAGAUGGUAGGCCAAUUCGCGUUGACUAUUCAAUAACAGAGCGGGCGCACACCCCUACACCAGGAGUCUACUUAGGCAAGUCAAGUAGACCUAGUCGUAGAGAUGAAAGAGAUCGCGAUUACGACAGAUAUGAGAGGCGUGAUCGAGGAUAUAGUAGCAGAAGCAGCUAUUAUGAUCGUGGAUAUGAUCGUGAUCGAGAUCGAGGGUACUACAGCAGGAGGAGGUCUCCCUCACCUUAUUACAGAAGAAGAUCGCCAUCACCUUACUACAGGAGAAGGUCCCCAUCACCAUAUCAUAGACGAUCCAGGUCACGUUCAUGGUCCCCACGCAGAUAUCGUUAGAGACUUGGCUAAGCCUCCGGUGACAUCUAUUAUAAGGACAUAUAACUAUAAGUGUGUAGCACUGAUCAACCACUGAGCAAAAAAACAAUUUAUUUCCAAGUUCUUUAUGAGAGCUUGAGUUUGACACAGUAUUUUAUUCAAUAUGUUUUUUUUACUGAACUUUGAUUGAAGUGUUAACGCUGAAUUUACAGAACCUCUCUCUAAUAGAGGUGUGUUUGAAAUGGAAGAUUAUAUAGCUUCAACUAAUAAUUUGAUGGAGAACAGAAUGAGCACUGACUGAAUCAGUGAGAACCACUAAUGAUCACAGCUCAGUUAAUGUUCCUUUGAUUGCCUUUUUUCAUUUUUUCAUUUAGGAUGAAGUACUAAAAAGCUAAAGACUUUCCAAUUCCUUUUGUAUUAGAACUAGCCAAUUUUAUCGCUGGCACAUCAUUGAAAGAUAACAAAUGUGAAUUAUAAUUUUAUAUUUCACAUCUGUAAAAUGAUUUCUGGAAAGUGCUUCAGAUCAACAAACCUUCGCAGUGCCCAGAAGUGAAAUGUCAAAAUUGUCCGUCUACAUAAUGAAUACAGCUUAGGGCAAAAUAUGAUUAGGAAUUCAGUGAUCUCCCCAGGAUUUUUG